CCCAUCUUAUGUUGUAUCGUCUCUCCACCCGGAAGGCUGGUCGGUCGUACUGGGGCACUCGGAGCUGAAUUCGUCACGCCAUUGUACAAAUUAGUUUCUUUUACGGACUUUCGAAACUUAUAGCUAGUCUUCCUAGCGAGGUUAUCUGGUCGGCACCGAAGCGAAAACAGUUUUGGUGGAGAAAUUGAAGCAUUAGCACACUGAGAACAGCUGGCAUCAUGGCUACAGACUCUUGGGCCCUGGCGGUGGACGAGCAGGAAGCCGCGGCGGAAUCUAUUGGAACCCUGCAAAUCAGCGACAAGCCAGAAGAAAAUGGCACCUCAACCACAGCGACCUCACCAGAAGCAAGCAGCGCUGCGAAGCCAGACAGAGCCGAAGGAGACAAGACGGAGGAGGAUGAUAAAGAUGACAAGGCGGCCCAGUCGUUGUUGAAUAAAUUGAUACGCAGUAAUCUGGUCAACACAACCAAUCAGGUCGAAGUACUACAGAGGGAUCCUAAUUCUCCUCUCUACUCUGUCAAGUCAUUCGAGGAACUGAGACUCAAACCUCAGUUGCUGAAAGGUGUGUACGCCAUGGGUUUCAACCGGCCCUCCAAGAUCCAGGAGAACGCUUUACCCAUGAUGCUCGCUGAACCUCCUCAGAACCUGAUUGCCCAAUCCCAGUCUGGCACGGGCAAGACGGCUGCCUUCGUCCUGGCCAUGCUCAGUCACGUCGACCCCAACAACAAGUGGCCUCAGUGCCUGUGUGUGUCCCCCACCUAUGAGCUGGCUCUGCAGACUGGCAAGGUCAUCGAGCAGAUGGGGAAGUUCUACCCUGAGGUUCAGCUGGUCUACGCUAUCAGAGGCAACAAACUACAGAGAGGGGUCAAGCUGCAGGAGCAGGUCGUCAUAGGAACCCCCGGCACCAUGCUGGACUGGUGCCUCAAGUUCAAGUUCAUCGACCCCAAGAAGAUCAAGGUGUUUGUUCUGGACGAGGCUGACGUGAUGAUUGCCACACAGGGACACCAGGACCAGAGCAUCCGCAUCCAGAGGAUGCUGCCCAAGGUGUGCCAGAUGCUGCUGUUCUCGGCCACCUUCGAGGAGACGGUGUGGAACUUUGCCCAGCGGAUCGUCCCCGACCCCAACAUCAUCAAGCUGAAGCGCGAGGAGGAGACCCUGGACACCAUCAAGCAGUACUAUGUCCUCUGCAACAGCAAGGAGGAGAAGUUUGUGGCCCUCUGCAACAUCUACGGAGCCAUCACCAUCGCUCAGGCUAUGAUCUUCUGUCACACCAGGAAGACGGCCGGCUGGCUGGCGGGGGAGCUGUCCAGGGAGGGCCACCAGGUGGCGCUGCUCAGUGGAGAGAUGCAGGUGGAGCAGAGGGCCGCCGUCAUCGACCGCUUCCGUGACGGCAAGGAGAAGGUGCUGGUGACCACCAACGUCUGUGCCAGAGGUAUCGAUGUGGAGCAGGUUUCUGUGGUAAUCAACUUUGACCUGCCGGUGGACCGGGAUGGUAACCCAGACAACGAGACGUACCUGCACCGGAUUGGACGUACAGGCCGCUUUGGGAAAAGGGGGCUGGCCAUCAACAUGGUGGACAGCAAGUUCAGUAUGAACAUUCUUAACCGGAUCCAGGAUCACUUCAACAAGAAGAUCGAGAAACUGGACACAGACGAUCUGGAUGAAAUUGAGAAAAUCGCGAGUUAAAGUGGAAGUCUGCGACCACAACUUUUAGGUUACCCCCCCAGACUGGAGUGUUUUACUCUUUUAUUACUGGGAGACAACCGAAGCCACACACACAUGGACAUGUCCUCCUGUACUUCCUUGUUUAAUUGUUUUAAUCUCUGAAAUGUCUUUCACUCUUUGUGCUUCUUAAUAAAAUAUGUGCUCUUUAGUCCUGUUGUGUGUGCCUGAAGGAAAGGGUGUUAACAGUGAAGUACCUCCCGUUCUGCUCAUGUCUGUGGAGGUACUGAAAACAAUACAUUGCUUAAAAAACGAAACACAAUUUUAUCUCUCAAAAAGAGCAUUCCUUAAAUAUUUGCCUCAAGCAACAUUGAGUUUCUGUUGUUACCAGAGCUACAUAGAUGCUGAGGAGGUAAUUCAUUGUUUACAGAGAUGGACAUAUAAACAAAUGUAAUUCUUUAAAAAAUUAUAAUAAUAAUGAAAUGCCUAUAAUGGAAUUCAAAGUACAAAGAGUGAAAUAUGAUUGUUCAGAGAAUAUUUUUAUUUAAUUUUUUUAUGUACGGUUACUUUGACAUGGUUAUGGUUGGGUUUUAGGCUCUAUGCAAACUUGUAGCACUGUUUUAGUGUGCAGCGUACACAGUGGAAUGGGAAUGAGGCUAAAUUCAUUUUCAUUCAUUUCAUUCUGAAGUCAGGGAUUUUAGUCCAAAUGCGAAUACUUGGAUAGCAAAAUACAUUUUGAGGAUAUAUAGAUAAAUCCAGUGAUAAGUAGCCUAUUCAUCAUAUAUUUGAUCAAAGGUUUGGGCGUUUGGGAAUUCCAACCGUGGACCAUCUCAAUGUUUUAGCAGCUACACUUAAACUUCAUUAUGUUACUGCUUCUGUCCUGUUUUAUUUCAUGUUCAUAUCUGACGGUAUAAACUAGCCAGUGGUCUCAUCAGUCCUUUCACAAUCUUCUGGGUUAGUAUUUCAAAUUACGCACUUUGUCAACUUCAUUAGUGAGCAAGCUGUGGCUUUGUCCUCUGAAAAAACAGUCACUUGAAACAUAAUUUUGAGGUGCUCAAUUCAACCAAACCGAAUUCCUUCCUGAAGUGCAUGUUCUGAGACACUUGAAAUUUGGGCAGGUUUCGGAAAACGUGUACUGUUUUCUCUUUAAAGCCAAAUGCAGAUUUGACUCAAGGACAGUGGGUAUGCCAGAAUUAAUGUGUGUAUGGAUUCUUGGACGGAAUUGCCUGUACUUGUCACAUUAGACUUUAUUUUUUUGGUUUGGCCGAAUGAUUUUGCAUCACUGCUUAAAGUGCGGUGCCAUUCCUGACGCUAGGCACGCAAAUAAGCAGUUUAUCAUCUUGAUCACGGGUAAAUCUUAAAACAGCUAUUGUAGCUGAAGCUGAUUUUCAAAGUUCAUGACUUCUAAUUUGAUUGCUGUCAAACAAAGGGCAAUUAUUGAUAAACCAGAACUGUAUCCUACAAACCUCAUUUUCCUCCAACUGUCAUUGAAAAUGCAGUUGGAGUUUGUUCUAUUGACUGUUUUCUGGAAUGUUGUGUUGCGAGAAAGACGUGUAUGCACGUUUAUAUUGAAUGAGAAAACGCUGCCAAAUUUGUAAUCAUGAGCGAGAGUAUCGUGUUUCAUGUUGAGCAACAUGUAUCUAUAUUGUGCUGGGUCUUUGUUAACCCUCGUGCUGCCUUCGGGUCACAUGACCCAAAGGUUCAUAACGAACCAUCGUUGUGUUUACCCAAUUUUACCCAAUACAAAAACAAAUUAAAAUAAUUUUCUUUUAACCUUUGCAAUGUGGGGGGUCUGAGACAGCCUAGCUGUUAAAAGAAAAUGCUUCACUUUGUCUUUGUAUGCGGUAAAUCUGUCGCAAUACGAAGGUGGGUCACAAUGACUGAUGGGUCAGAAUGACCCGAAGAUAACACAAGGGUUAAAGCCAAGAGGCUUGAAUGUAGUUUGACUAGGAUGUUUGGAUGUACAGUUUUGAGUGCACUUUGUUGACCCUUACCACUUUUUCCAUUGAACACCGAGCAGCAGUCUAUGGUCCCAUACGCUCCACUUAGAACAAACUGUCUUUGUGUACUUGACACUAAAGUUACUUCAUUCUAAAGAAAUUGUUUUUAAGUGUAAAUAGACUUAGGUUUAAUAUCAAAGCUGAUGUAGGAAUUAUUAGAUGUCAGAUCUUAUAACACAAGUUGUGAGGACUAUGGUGUUAUGUAGCAUGACGACAAUCUGUUCUAAGUUGUUGUCAUGUGAAUGAUGUGUUGAAAUAAACUUUGUGGAUCUUCA